AUGCUUUUCACUUCAGUUGUCGCUCUGGCUUUGAUGCCCUUCAUGGUUCAGGCUGCUGCGAUUCGCAAGCGCUCUGAAGCUCUCCUCUAUAUUGAGGCAUUCGAGGACAGUAGCUGCAAUAACUUGAAGGACUUUCUCCAAGUGGAUAAUUAUGGUAAUAUCUCGCAGUCGUUCUCCGGCUCCAGGGGGUCGUUCAGGGUGAUCAUGAACCAGGGCGUCUGCGGUGUGACGCUCUAUACCACCAACGGCUAUUCCGUGGACUUCCCGACAUCGGAGCUGCAGCCUGGUGCUUGCUUCGGUCCAUCAAAGGACGACCAGGUUUCCUACUUGGUGUACACUUGCGACUAA